CGAACUUCAUUGCCAUUGGAAAUGAUUGGGCUCUCAAAGAUGUUUUCCAAAUUUCCAAAGUCUUUACUGUGGAGAAGCGGUAUUAAAGUGCUCAGACGCGCGACACCGGCAGGCUUUUCAAAAGAAGCAAGCAGUUCUUUUAUCAAAGGUAGCUAUAUUAAUAAUAUAAGACAUACGCAAAAUUAGAAGAGAUUAACUGGUCGACAGCAACGAAAUCUUUUUUUAUAAAUGGGUUUCACUAAAAAACAUAACCGACUAUCCAUAAGGCGUACUGGACCCGUAUGUUUAAGAUAUCGUUUUCAGGUAUAGUUCAGACACAAACCAAGCCUAUAUAGUUUAAUUUUUUUUUCAACUUGAAUGUAACAAUUUUAUAUGCAAGAAGUACAUUUACAGUAGAUUUUUCCCAUGGCGAGUACAUUUCAAUAUACGGCUUAUCUGAUGGCUGAACCUCGUGCUUCCUGCCUUAAAAUAGAUGCACGGAUGUAGUGUUUCGAAAUCUAUAACUAGUUCUGAACGAGCAUGCGUCAUAGAAAUAAUAUAUAUCUAUUAUUUCUAUGGCGUACAGCCAGAAUAAAAUCAUUUAAAUAAACGAUUGUAAUGAAAGUUUGUAGACUAUUAUUGAUCGUCAUCAAUUUAAUACUAUUUGGUUAGCUUGAAAUAGUGGCUUUAUUGUAGAGAAAGUUCGACUGUUGUACUGAGCUUAAUGGCUGAGCAUCACAUCUCGCGUCUUGUUGUAAACAAACUGUGGAUAAUUCUCAAACUGCCGUGCCCGUGGGAUAUUAAUUGUUCAUUUUUUUUCUUAAAUAUUAUGAAUCUCAUUGUAUGAAUAGACGUCCUCGUCACUUUCCGUCCCACAUCGUAUUAGGUCUCUAUCAAGAAUUAGAAGCGGCGAAAAAAACCCUAGAAUAUUCCUAAGUGAAUACCACUACUGUAUAGCUAUAUAAUAUGCACACCCAGAAAUCCAAACACAGUAUGAUAUAGGCGCGGUUGACCUUGUAUAGUCGUAUUACCGGUUUCAUGGCCAGAAACACUGGCUAGAAAUAAGCGACACGCGAUUGGGUAACAGUCCUGAUAUACAGCUAAUUCAAAAAAGGUUGUCCCAAUGCAAACCUUAAAAGUGAUAUAAAGUCCGCUCUGCGCAUACAUUCUGCGCAGGCCUACAUUCCAAUGGUCGGGACCCGACCAUUGGAAUGUUGUUAAUAUUUCGCACCUCAGCCGAACUUUCUUGCAUGAAUUGAAUCUCUAUUAGUCUGUAUUCAUUUACAAGCAUAUCGAACCAGAAGAGUGUUAAAAAUUCAGUAUAAUAUAUAUCUAAUCAUAUUUAACAACUGUCGCCCUGAGGUGAAAAUGUAAACAAAGCGUUUGUUCGCAUUACGGACUUUACAUCACCUUUAAACUUUAAACCUUAAAUUUACCAUAUCUCUGUCCCUUUUUUGAAUUAGCUGUAUAUAAUACAAAGCAUAAACAUAUAUUGCCUCGAAACCGAUUGAUUAACAGUUUGCAUUAUUUAAACUUUUAUAAAUGUAUUGACAUUGCCUUUAAUUAACGUAUUUAUAGAUGCAGUUGCCAUGCCGCUAGCUCGCCACUCCAACAACAGCCAUAACUCGGCAAGAUUUUUGUCACUGAGUUCUUCACCAAAAAUAUUGUUUAAAGCUUGCUUUCUUGUCUAUUUAUCUCGCAUGCUUUGAAGUGCACCGGCAGAGUUGAUUGUUCAUCCGUGCAUGGUAUAAUCAAUUGCGCGCGUGAAUUACACGGAUACAAGAUGGCAAUUCAUGAUGGCUGAAAUUCCCAAAUGAUAAUCCAUCAUGAAAUCCAUCUAAACUCUAAAGACAAGUGCACUUCUCCUUUACUUUCCUUUUUGAAAACAUUUCACUUUGCCAUGGCCAUUGUGAUGAAAUAGGAUUUUGGCUCACUACGCGUGUAUACGGUUUUUCACCAAAUCUGACGACUUGGUGAAAUGCAACUCACAAUUUCUGCCACUCUGGGCUUGGCAUGUUUGCUAAGGGCUAAGACGUCGUUCACAUUGUGUUUAGGACUGCAUUUACUGACGUGUUUCCACGUCCUCUCAAGAACGUCACAGAUUUGUUCUUGUUUUUAAAAAUAUGGGGUAUAUUGGCUGCGUGCCUGACUUGGCUGCGCCUGUUGCAUAAACAGUUCUUUCUCGACACAUAAAGGGCCGCACUUAUAAACUCAAGAAAUAGUAUCCCUUGAAACCAAUAUACAGGGUGUAUAAAAAAAGGCAAUCCAACUUUGGCAUGGUAGUGUGCAUUAUAUGUUACGUUUAUCCAUUUCCUUUUUUCAUACCAAUAAAGAUCAGGUUUUUAGCGGUGGUGGAAAAAUGCGAUUUCAACCGACCGAUUUUUUAUUGCUAUGAUUCAAUAAAGAUGUCAUUUGACAGCUAAAAACCUCAUCUUUAUAAACACGAAAGCAGAAACCUGUCAACAUUAUUAGAUUACCUUUUUUAUGAUACAUGCAUCCUGUAUAGAUCUGGACAGUCGAAAUUUAGCAAGGAAAUCUCUGACUAUAUCAGUCAUAGCUAAGGGUAUGAGCAACAAAAAUUUUAUUGCUUUAUCUGAAAGAGCAUGAAAAAAUAAGCCGAUUAGCCGUUUAAUGCUCUAUUCUAUCUCAUCUGGUUCCGAAGUUAUACGCAAAAAUGUGCAAAAUAUAAAUUGCUGAUUCAGCACAACGUGUGACGUCAUUAGUUGGGUAAGUGCGUUUAUUGAAUAGUAAACUGAAGCAUAGCUCAGUUAUUGUGGGCCCAAAUCAAAUGAAAUUUUGCAUACAAAUAGUACAUGAUGAGACGCAUGGAAAAAUACUUCUAAUUUUGUUGUCAAGGCAACGCAGUCGUUCCCAGGCCCCUUACACUGAUUUUGAAUAACUAGUUACAUUUAUCUAUGUGUACAUCAUUUUCGAAUUAUUAUCAUGCAAGUAAACUUUUGGCAUGCAUAGGUAUGGUACACAUACUUCUGAUAUUAUUUUAUUCUUAUAAGUACCAUGAAUAAAGCUGUUUUAUAAAAUUGGCGCAAGGGGCCUGGGAACGACAUUGUUACCUUGGCAACAAAAUUAGAAGUGUUUUUCAAUGCGUCUCAUCAUGUACAAUCAGUAUGCAAAAUUUCAUUUGAUUUGGGCCCAUAAUAACUGAGCUAUGCUGCAGUUUAGUAUUCAUUAAACAUACUUACCCAACUAAUGACGUCACAAGUUGUGCUGAAUCAGCAAUUUAUAUUUUGCAAAUUUUUGCGUAUAACUUCGGAACUAGAUGAGAUAGAAUAGAGCAUUAAACGGCCAUUCGGCUUAUUUUUUCAUGCACUCUCAGAUGAAGCAAUAAAUUUGUUGCUCAUACCCUUUAAUACUCAAAAUAUAAAAAAUAGGUACGCAUUGUGUAAUGUGGCUAGCCUGGUAGACGGCAAGAGGUAAGAACAUGCUGGUCAACAAUAACUCGACAAAGUAACUCCUGAUUUAAUUGUUAAAAGGUUUAAUUUUACGCAUGGAGACGAAAUUACAUGUCAAAGGUAGCUAUGUUGCGCAUUAAUUGUUAACGCGCAACAGUUAGUAUGUUGACGUAGAAAGCUUCAUUACACUGGCCUGUAGGCCAAGUGUCUUAAAUCCCUCUUUUUCUGUUUUUUUCGUAGUCGAGAAAUCGAGUUUGCGUUAGCGCAUCGCAGGCUCAAGGUGCAACGAUUAAGCCAAAAUGCCAUCGAUUCCCUCCGUUCCAUGAUUCAAAUACAAUAGCAACAAGUUACGUAUUUAUGUACGUACUAGCCGACUCAUGCCAUGCUGGUGGUACAUUUUUCGUUUAUUAGCCUAUACACUUGUACGCACGCGCACAAUUCCGAACUGCAAUGGCGGCUUUUCACAGAGUGAUCAAACUAUAUUUUACACAGUUUCGUUGAAUUUUCAAAGAAUUGUGCCGGUUUCCUAUGUAUUUUACGUUGUGUCGUACUCUGGACUUUCUUGCGUGUUGAAUUAAUGUGUUUUUCUUUGUGUAAUGACUCAAAAACCACAAAAUAUAAUAUUUAGUACUCCACGAAAUAUAAUCCGCACGAAAAGCUUUGUGGUAGCUAUACUGAAAGAUAAAGCGUGCGUUCAAAUACCAACAAGAACUAGAACCAUUAUUGUAUAAUUUGUAUGGUUCUCGUUUGCUAGACUUGCCACAAGUCGACCUCGAAGAAACGCAUUUCGUUCGAGGUCGAGUUGUGGCAAGUCUACACUGUCUACUCAUUUACAAUAACAUUAGUUCGACGCGAAUUUUAAUACAAGUAUGGUAUCAUAUUUCAUAAUACAACAAACAAUGUAAACUAGCCAUACAUUUUGCCGAACAUAACUUCGGCCCCUUUGGGCAUAUCUUUUUCGUGAUAAUGUUAUUGGAACCAGAAUCGAAAACACUAUUUAUAGUGUUAUUUUCAAGCUUGUGUCUUGAGAUUCUCAUCUUUUAUUUCGGUAUUUACAGAAUAUUUAUAUUUUUAGCGCGGCCCAUGGAACGCACAUGAAAACAACGCGCUGUUAGGAAAAACCGGAAAUCGAUUCUGUAGAUCGGCAUGAUUUGCACGUGCAUCGAUCUCCAUUACGUCACCCGAAAAGGUCUUUUAUUUUUUAAAAAGUCCAUAAAAUUUGCUUGCGGUUUAAGAUUUGUAUUCCUGCCUUUUGCACCAUAGCACGUAUCUCGUUAUUUUCAGGCCAGUGUGAACGCCUGAGCAGGCGUCUUGUUUAAUUAAAAACGCUAGCUACUUUUUAAAUUGCUGAUCAACUGGACUUUCAUGUUUUUAUGUUUUUACUCAACAUGAUUUGAAUGUAUUUUUUCCCAACAAAUGAUUGAGUAUUUGAUAACUUAACGAAUACCAAAUACACGGGUAAAAAUCUCGCAUCUUGUAGCAAGUCUGCCAACAAGCCGUCAACAGUUGUCUUCGCACUGCUUGUCCCAAGUUGUCAACAAGUUUGGAACAAGCUGCUAACAACUUGCAACAACCUUGUUGAUAUUAUGAGAUUUGUUGCAAGGUUAUUCAAACAAGCCCGAUACAGUCAUGAUAUAACAGCAUUGUUACAACCUUGUGUCGUCAACCUUGUAACAUCCUUGUUACAUCAUGACUGUGUCAGAUUUGUUAGGACCAGGGCCGCCAAGAGGUUGGCGGGGGCCCGGGGCAAAUUUUUUUUUAGGGGCCCCUAUCUAAAAUAUUUUUCCCAGAGAACAACCUCCCCCCCGUCGCCAAAAAAAUUUCGGUCAGUGUACCAUUUUAGGGGUAAAAUUUUUUUUCCGGAGUACAAAAUUUUUCUGGACGAGUACGUUGCAAUUGCUUUCGAGGGACUUUAUCUCAUUUUUUAUACCAAAAUUCGUUACUUAGCCCAAGAAAACAGAUAUCUUGUCCUUUGCGCGGAAAUAUUUAACACACAAAAAAGGCAGGGGCCCAACAAAAAUUUUUCAGGGGCCCCCAGCAACUCGGGGCCCGGGGCAAUUUGCCCCCCCUGCCCCCCCCCCCUCUCUCGGCGGCCCUGGUUAGGACAACCUUGUAACAAGUCAGAUAAUGCCAUCAAGCUUGUCACAAGUUGUUAACAGCUUGGUCCAAAUUCGUUACAACAACUGGGAACAAGCAGUGCGAACACAACUUGUCGACAGCUUGUGAACAGAUUUGUAACAACUUGUUUGCAGACCUGGAACAACUUGUGCGUUUUACGUGUGUACACGCGUAAAAUUCUCACAGCUUGUCAACAAGAUUCGCACUGCUUGUUCCCACUCAUUGACUUAUCCCAUACAUGUGUUAAAAGCGGCUUUCUGAUUGGUUUAGAGCAGGUGAGCUUGUCGUCGAGCUCACCUGCUUUUUGCCGAACUCACCUGCUUUUCGCCCGAACUCACCCGCUAAACUGCUUACGUUGCAAUAACAAUAACAAAUAUGGCGGACAAGAUUUAGCCGAUUAACCUAAACUUUAAAGAACUUUUUUCGGUGACUAACAUACUGAGACUGAAGAAAAACCAAAGAAAAAAUGCAGUAAAGGUAAUGUAGACGUAGCUAAAGAAGUAUUUUCUUGCCCAGUGAUUUUUUUGGCCGGGAAAAUGUUCACAAAACAUCGACGAAUAUAUCGCGAAGAGCUACAAAUGUGUGUAUGGCUCGGUGUAUGGGAUAAAAACCAAACGUACUUGCAGGUUCGGUGAGUCCGGGAUUGGACGCACCUCGGGUGGCUGGAAGUUUCCCGAACUCACCUCGCUUCGCUCGGUAAGUUCGGGAAACUUCCAGCCACCCUCGGUGCGUCCAAUCCCGGACUCACCUCCCUGCAAGUACGUUUGUUAUAAAGUCUGGAACAAGUUGUUGUCAUCUUGUAACAAGGUUGAUGAGACCAACAGACUUGCAACAAGUUGUUCCAACAAGUCUGAUAUCGUCUGCACGUAACAAGUUGUUAACAAGUUGAUGACAACAAGUUCGUAGCAACUUGUUACAAACAGCCUGUAUUAGUCUUGUUGGAACAACUUGUAGCAAGUCUGUCAAUCACCGUCAUCAACCUUGUAACAAGAUGACAAUGACGCGAUUUGACGUCUGUAUAUAAUAAAUAAUUAAAUUCCAAUUGUUCUAGAUGAUAUCACUGCAAGCGCUCCAAAACCUUUGAUACAAAACGUGUCUAAAGGUGAUGAAAAAAGAUAUCUAAAAAUUGCCUGGAAUGACGGCACGUCCUCGCGAUUUCCAUAUAUAUUCCUACGAGAUAACUGCAGAUGCCCUGAGUGCUUCGACAACGCAAGCAAGCAGCAUAUCUUACACACUGUGGCAGAUAUUGGCUUGGAUAUUGAAGUGAAGAAAGCAAGCCUUUCUAAAGAUGGUCUAACCCUCAAAUGUUUGUGGCCUAACGGGCACGAGAGCAUGUACACGCAAGAUUGGCUUCGCGACACGCGGAUGCGUGAAGGUAAUCAUUAAUUUGUGCUAUACUUGAACACACGUAAAAAUCUCACAACUUGUCAACAAGAUGUGUUCGUACCAGGCUUGUAGCAAGCCUGUCAACAAGUUGUGACAAUGUUGUUACUUCAUCAAGUUGCUACAAGGUUGCCACUCACAACUUGUUGACAAAUUAUUGAGUUGCAGGACGAUAAGAAGUUGUUGGAACAACUUGUAACGAGUCUGUUGAACCAACAACCUUGUAGGCUUGUAGCAAGUUGUCAACAAGCCUUUGACAACUUGUCAACAAGCUGGGAACAAGCAGUGCGAACACAUGAUCCUGUUGACAAGUCGUUGGAACAGAUCGUCAAUAAUCUUAAGUUAAAGAAAGAUAUGAAUGAUAUAUUUUUGGUGGGAAAAAUGAAAAUACACUCCAAAAACAGUCUGGUUAAAAUUAGCCAAGAAAUGCAACCUCGUACCCAGGGCUUUUUGCUUCCGCGGUUGGAUGGUCAGCGAAAAAGGCCCUGGCUUCGGCCGGUAUGUUUUGCAACCUGAUUGGUCAAUGAUUUUGAAUGUAAUUAUUCAAUAUAUGUGGGAAUAAUUAUUAUGUUUGGUGGAACGAGAGUGGAGUGACAAAUUUAUAAUUAGUUCUUGAUGGACUAAAGUAUUGAGCAAAUAAGAUUUUUGACAUUUCGCUUGAGAUACAGCAUGAAUUAGGGAAAGACAACACAUCACAAAACAAUUUGGUCCAAAUUAAGUCUUUGUAUAUUUUGUAUAGACGAAUAUUUGCUUCGGUUCAACAUAUAUUUCUCACAUGCGUUGUUUACACAUCGUUGAUUUCCGAAGAAACAUACAGCGUUAUAGUCAAAUAAAGAUUGUGAUACAAAUAUAUUUUGGUCAUAUUAAACACGAUUUAUAUAAACCAAACGCUGAAGCGGUUUUGUUUUGUUUAGUUACUUAUUACGUUAUGUUUAAAAAUCAUCAAUAUUACGGGCUAUGUUGCUGAAUGAAGUGUGAACAACGAAAACCGAAUAAAUUCAACUAAUUUUGUUGCUUUCCCUUUGAUAUACGCAGCAUUGAGUUUGUUUACUCCUGUCAGUAAUUACAAUGUGUAUAAUUAUUAUAUAUACGUACUUAUACGCAUAUAUUAUCAUAAUUGAACACCCCAAAUACUGGAGAUUUUGAGGUCAUGUGACCGGCCGAUGCCAGGGCCAUUUUCGCUGAUCAGAAGCAAAAUGCCCUGGGCACGAGGUUGCCAAGAAAUGGAUAUAAUAUUGUUGUAUCGGACGCGAAUGUCUAAAUGGCUCGCCCCCUCGUGAAACGUCUUGAUGAGAACAUUCUUCAACAAUUUUAUAAAAUAAAUGAACGAUAUUUGGUGUGAAAAUUGAACUUAAAAUUUAUGUAAAUCAGCAUGAUUUUGUAUCAGAUAUACAAACUCCUUCACGUUCAUGAUUUCUUUUGUGUUUUCUUCAUGAAUUGGUAAAGGAAUACCGAAUGGUUUUUCGUGCAGGAUUGCGUAAUCCAUGCAUGCACGAGGGAUGUCGCGAGACUUUCGGAAAGCGUAAAAAUACUCGAGCCGCAGGCGAGUGUAUUUUUAUGCUUUCCGAAAGUCGAGCAACAUCCGAAGUGCAUGGAUCACGCUAUCCUGCUAGGAAAACCCAUUUGGUAAUUGUUUUAUAAAAUAACUACAGUGAAACAAUGAUAUUUUGAGAAUCCCGCGAAGGCAUUUUAAUUCCUCGUGCAGGAUAGCCUGAUCCUGAACGGCUAUUGACCAAUCAAAUUGCGUGUUUCACUGUAGUUAUUAUAUAAUAAUGUUUUCACAAUGAAAAUUACAAGUAUACUAUUUAAAACACGAGGUGCGGGGGUGCUUUAUCAGAUAAUAAAACACGAGAGUGUUGCUCGAGUGUUUUACAUGUCAUAAAGCACUCCACUGCUUGUACGACCCAUCUGAUGAGUUUAUUGGCGAAGUAAUUUUAAAAAUAAACGUUGUCUAAGUAAGCUAAGAAAAUGAAUGCUAAACUUAUGUAUAUUAUUAACAUGAUUUUUUAUCACAUAUAAAACCACCAACACUGCAGUAAUUCUCUUUGUCUUUUUCACAUUGAUGCAUUGUUAAUGAGCUUUUUAAUGUAGAUUUAAAUUCCUUUUUUAAAACAUUCAAACAUUAAGGUAACGAAACAAGGCCUCGAAACUUUGACAGUCUGAUUAAAGAUGAGUUAAUUUUGUGGGACAGAGCGAAAUUGCAAGACAAGGUGCCAUCUCAUGACUACAGUGGUUUGAUGAAGGAUGAUAAGAAUCUAUUUGAUUUUCUGUAUGCUUUGUAUCAACAUGGCCUGGUGCUGGUCAACCACGCUCCUGCAAAAGAUGGUGUAAUCAUGGAAAUGGCUGCCAGAAUUGGCUGGAAUAGAAGAACACAUCUGGGGUAAUUUAUCAUCUACACACGUAAAAACACACAAGUUUUAACAAACCUGCAGCAGACUUGUAGCAAUGCUGUUCCAACAACUUGUUAACAGGAUGUGUUCGCACUGCUUGUUCCCAGCUGGUUGACAACUUGCUACAAGGCUUUUGAGCUCAACAGACUUGUUACAAGUUGUUCCAACAAUUUUUUAUCGUCCUGAAGUUCGACAAUUUGUCAACAAGUUGUGAGUGACAACCUUGUAGCAUCUAAUUGAUCAAAUAACAGCAUUGAAACUGAUAGAGCUACUCAAUUUAAUUAAAUAAGGUUAAUGUUAGUUUAGUUUUAGCUUGGGUUUACUCCUGUAGUAACACUGGAUCAAUUAGAGAUGAGGAACCUCUAGAGCUAUCCAGUAUAAAAAAAGAUAGUUUAGUUUAGGUUUCCUCCUGUAGUAACACUGGAUCAAUAAAAGAUGACCCUUACUGGACCUCUAGGAGGAACAGUUUAGAACUUAUAGAGCUAUCCAGUAUAAAUAAAGUUAGUUUAGUUUAGGUUUCCUUCUAUAGUAACACUGAAUCAAUAAGAUCAAUAAGAGAUGACUCUUACUGAACCUCUAGGAGGAACAGUUUAGAACUGAUAAAGCUAUCCAGUAUAAAUAAAGUUAGUUUGAUUUGCUUAUUAUAGAGAAUAUUGGGACGUCAAAAUCGAGGACGAUCCUACUCACUUGGGUUCAACUGCGAAGUUUUUACAUUUUCACACUGACUUGCCUUAUUACAGCACUACACCUACUGUAAGUAAUUGUUAUGUUAUGUUGCGUUGCGUUGUGUUGUGCUGCGUUGUGCUGCGUUGUGCUGCGUUGUGCUGUGUUGUGUUGUGUUAUGUUAUGUUAUGCUGUGCUGUGUGUUGUGUUGUGCUGUGCUAUGUGUUGUGUUGUGCUGUGCUGUGCUGUGUGUUGUGUUGUGUUGUGUUGCGUUGUGUUGUGCUGCGUUGUGCUGUGCUGUGCUGUGCUGUGCUGUGUUGUGUUGUGUUGUGUUGUGUUGUGUUGUGUUGUGUUGGGCCAGGUUGUAAGCCAGGCCAGGCCAGGGCCAGGUGGGUCAGGCCAGGCCAGGCCAGGCCAGGCUGUAGGGCCAGGCCAGGCCAGCUCAGGCCAGCUGGUGCCUGUGGGCCAGGCCAGGCCAGGCCAGGCCAAGCCAGGUUGUGCCAGGCCAGGCCAGGCCAGGCCAGGCCAGGCCAGGCCAGGUCAGGCCAGGCCAGGCUGGUGGGCCAGGCCAGGCCAGGCCAGGUUGUGUUGUGGGGUUGUGGCCAGGCCAGGCCAGGUUGUAAAGCAGUGCCAGGCCAGGCCAGGCUGUGGCCAGGCCAGGUUAGGCCAGGGGUUAGGCCAGGCCAGGCCAGGUGGUUGUGCCAGGUCUGUGUAAGCCAGGCCAGGUUGUGGCCAGGCUGUGUGUUGUGCUGUGCUGUGUGUUGUGUUGUGCUGUGUGUUGUGUUGUGCUGUGUUGUGUUGUGCUGUGUUGUGUUGUGCUGUGUGUUGUGUUGUGCUGUGUUGUGUUGUGUUGUGUUGUGCUGUGCUGUGUGUUGUGUUGUGUUGUGCUGUGCUGUGCUGUGCUGUGUUGUGUUGUGUUGUGUUGUGCUGUGUCCUGCAAUUCAACAAUUUGUCAACAAGUUGUGAGUGACAACCUUGUAGCGACUUGAUAAAAUAACAACAUUGUUGCAACUUGUUGACAAGCUUGCUACAAGCCUGUUGCGAACACAUCUUGUUGACAAGUUGUGAGAUUUUUACUUGUGUAACUUGAUCACAUGCAAUAAGUUAGUGUCGUGAAUUUGGUCGAAACACCUGAAAAUAAAAGUAUAAAUACACUGGCAAGUUGUUACAGGUCUGUAAACAAGUUGUCACAAAUCUGUUCACAAACUGUCAACAAGUUGUGUUCGCACUGCUUGUUCAGUCCCAGUUGUUGUAACAAGUUUGGAACAAGCUGUUAACAGCUUGUAACAAGCUGGACGGCAUUAUCAGACUUGCAUGCAGCAAAGUUUUUCUAACAAGCCUGAUACAGUCAUGAUAUAACAAAAAUGUUUAACAACUUACAAGGUUGAUGGCACAAGGUUGUAACAAUGUUGUUAUAUCAUGACUGUAUCGAACUUGUCUGAUAAUAUCAAAAAGGUGCUACAACUGUUAACAAGUUGUUCCAUAUUUGGUGACAACUUGGGACAAGCAGUGCGAACACAACUUGUUGACGCCUUGUUGACAGACUUAUUACAAGAUGUAAAUUUUUACGCGUGUAUAGAUCCAAGCACUGCACUGUAUCCAACAAAGUUCUGAAGGAGGCCGCAGUACGUUUGUGGAUGGAUUUAACGUUGUGAAACAACUGAAGAGAAUCAACCCCGAUGCUUUCGAUGUAUUGACAGACUUCUAUGUACGAUAUAGUGAUGAGGGCAACGACGCUUUUGGAGAAUACUCUCUCGGAUUUUCUGCACCUAUUAUCAAGUAUGUUUAGCCCAAGAGCUUCUUCAUAGAAAUCCAGUAAAGACUGUCCUUUAUUGGUCGGCUAGUGUUACUACAGAAGCUGCCUAACUGACUUAGCUAACUUUAUUUAUACUGGAAAGCUCUAUAUAUCAGUUCUAAACUGUUCUCCUUAGAUGUUCUGUAAGAGUCGUCUAUUAUUUAUCCAGUGUUACUACAGGAGGAAACUUAAACUAAACUAACUCUAUUUAUACUGGAAAGUUCUAUCAGUUCUAAACUGUUCUUUCUUGAGGUCCAGUAAGGAUUAUUUCAUAUUGACACAAUGUUACUGCAGGAGGAAACCCGAACUAAACUAACUUUGUUUAUACUGGAUAGCUUUAUCAGUUCUAAACUGUUCUUCCUAGAGGUCCAGUAAGGAUCAUGUCUUAUUGAUUCAGUGUUACUACGGGAGGAAUAAGAAGUUCUGAAGAGAACUUGUGUCAUUUGGAAAGGACGAACUAGAAGCAUUUUUCUUAAACUUGGGGCGAAAUCUAACUGGACAUUGCAAAAAUCGAACUCAAGUGAUCUCUGUGCAUUCCUUCGUAACCACAGUACAGUUCGUCCAAUAAAGGACGUGGUUUUUUCUUUGUUUUAGGCUGAACAAGUUUGGACGUGUUGAACAUUUUCAAUGCAGUCACUUCGUGAUGUCAGAAACUCAGAACGACUACAGCCCUAGCGAAGUCCUGGCGUUCUACGACGCGUACUACCAGCUUACAAAACUGCUCUACAAAUCUGAGAACGUCGUCGACUUUCGACUGCAGCCCGGGCAAGUCGCACUGUUUCAAAACACACGAGUGAUGCAUGGCCGAAGCGCGUAUGAGGUGAUCGGAGAGACGUCAGUGUCGGCGGCGAGGUGGUUGCAGGGAACGUUUUUCGAGCAUGAUGUUAUUUUUUCCAAACUUCGUGUGUUGCAACAAAAACUUGGCCUCAAAAGCCCCCGGAUUUAUAAACAGUCUGAUGACUUUUUCUGAUGAUAUUCAUCGUGGGAUAAAGUUAACAUCGUAUCGUGACUUUGAACUUAUUACUGUAGAAUCGGGUAACUGAAAUAAUUUGACUGUUUAUACUAUUACUGUGAAUAGAUUUGUAAAUUAUUAUUAGGGAAUUUAAGCUUCACGUUUCCGGGAACGGCAGGUUCGAACUUCCUUGGCAAACUUUUCUCUGAACGUUCCGUUUCAUAUUUUCUUUCUUGCGUCGAAAGAAUAAUUAUGCAUUUCAGUUUUAAAACAACAAGUUUAUUUACUCUUUUUACCUGACACCGUAAAAUUUUUCUUUGCCUGGCGUUCGCCGUUUGACUUGAUAACGCGAAGCUUAAAAUCGGUCGAAGACAACGUUUAUUUUUAAAAUUACUUGGCCAAUAUAAAACUCGUCAGAUUCAGAUGGUUCUUUUUAAGAACCAUCUGCUCGAGUUACGCCGCAUUAUACGCCCUCGUGUUUUAUAUCUCAUAACUGCACUCCAGCAGCCAGUCGUGUUUUAAAUAGUUAAAAAAUGCCCUGAAUAUUAAUGUUCUCAUCAAGACGUUUCACAAGCCAUCUAUAACAUUUGCGACGGUCGCUCAUGUCCUAAAUAGUUAAUAGUGCAUAUAUUGCGCAAAUUAUCACACAAUGUAGUGCAGGUAUGCUGUAUAUAACAAAUAAUUGACAAAUUAUAUAUAAAUAUGUCUUUUUUAUAAAGUAUAAUUACAUGUGUUUUUCAG